UUUUCUAUACACAGCAUUGAUUGAAGUUAGAUAAUUGAGUCAACACGUGUCAUGAAAUGGGGUGCAACCCACAAUAAAAAGCAUUUUCACAGUACUCUCUCUCUCUUCUCUCUCUCUCUAGGCCUCCCCGAGCAGCAAGAAAAAAAAUCUAGGGAAGAGGCAUUACUAACCAUUAGUUGGAGUUUCAGGUCUUGGAUUUCUCAAUUGGUAAGCAGCUUUCAAUUUUUUCUCUCUAAUUAUUUGUGAAUUUUCAUUGUUUUAAGAUGUUCAAGGACUAAAUUGUAUCAGACCCAUGUGAUUGUAUCUCUUUUUUAUACAAUUUGUUGUGAGAGAUUGUUUGAUUUUUGGAUGUGUUUUCUGGAAGAUAGAAAAGUAAAGAAGACCCAUAUUUCAAGGGCUGAUAUGGGUUGCCUCAGAUGUAUGAAACCCAAGUUUUUGGUAGAAAAAGGCAGCUUUUUUGGGAUUUCCUUGUGAUUCUUGAGGGUAGUUCCUUUUUCCUAGGUUAUUUCACAUGAUCCCCUUUUGCUUUACCUCCUGAGGUUAUGGAUAAGGGUUUGUUUUUUGAUUUUUCUGAUGGGUUUGUUUGUUUAAGGGUUGGUGGUGGGGGUAAGAAUUUAGGAAUUCUGGUUGGUUGUCACUGUUUCUAAUAUCUAGUCUCUAGGUCAACUCAAAUCUAUUCAUUGCUUGGUAUGUUAUUAUAUGGAAUGUUAGAUCCAUUGUUCUGCACCAGAUCUAAUAAUUUCCCAUUUUCAUUUUGCUUUAUCUUUGUUUCAUUCCCACUUUUAAUUUGAUCUUGGAGAUGUACUUUGUGUUUCUUGUAUUCUUUAACAUAGAGGCUGCACAUCUCUAGCUCUUCCAACCUCGUGUGAAAAAGUACUUUUUGAUCUGUUGUUGUUCAAUUGGUGGGUCAUUGAAGCUUUUUCUAUGGAGGGGAGAUUCAGAAACCUAUAAGUUUUGUCACUAGAUUCAUUGCCUGGAGGAGACGAAGAAGGGGCUGAAAAUUGUUAAAUAAUGUGAGUUUUGGAGAGUUAGGAGGUACCCACUUGUUAUCACUAUUCGAAGUGCGGGAUUGAUGGAAGAGAUGCCUUCAGCGGCUGCAGUUACACUUAGCUUAAGUAAUGCAGUCUGCGAUAGCUCUGGAAUUGGAAGCCCUGUGGAAGUGACACGACUCAAGCUGGUGACGGAAACAGCAACCUUGUUAUCAAGUCCUGCAUUGGUGCUGCCUGCAGAGUCUGUUUCUGGCUGGGAUGGAAAUGGCAGUGAUCUGAAGAGUGACGUUAAGAGGGAAACCAUGGGAGCCCGAGAACGGGAGAGUGGAGAAAAAUCUGAUUUGUCAGAGAUGAUACCCAAAAAUGGAAGCAGUUGGAUUGCUAGUGAUCCCAUGAUCCAGGAAACUGUGGAAGAUGUAAUUUUGUCUCUUGGAGAUGAUCCUUGUGGAACUAAUAGUGAGGAUUUGUUAGAUUUUGAUGUGAGUCCCAAAAUAAGCUUGCCAGUAGCUGUUGAAAUUGAGGAAAUUGGAAAGGGUCAAAUAGUUGCCAAGGUUAUUAGUUUGGAGGAACCAAGUAUUGGGCAUGAGCCUAUUACUGUUGAUAUCCUGACUGUUCAGUCAAGCCAACGCGAAGAGGAUUCUAAUGGGUUCAACUUAAAGGCAUCUAUGCCGAUUCUUCAGUUGUCUAGGGAGAAGAAUAUUGGCAAAGGUGGCGGUAGGAGUGUCUUUGAACUGGACUAUGCGCCUCUUUGGGGUUCUGUGUCCAUCUGUGGUAAAAGAUCUGAGAUGGAAGAUGCUAUUGCCUCUGUGCCUCGAUUAUUGAAAAUUCCUAUCAAAAUGCUUAUUGGAGACCGUGUGAUUGAUGGAAUGAGCCAAAGUUUGAGUCACUUAACUGCUCAUUUUUUUGGAGUAUAUGAUGGUCAUGGAGGUUCCCAGGUUGCACAUUAUUGUCGUGAGCGCAUCCAUUUGGCUUUGGUGGAGGAGUUGAAAAUUAUUACAGAUGAAUUGAUUGAUGGGAGUUUAAGGGAAACUCAGCAGAUGGUGUGGGAAAAAGCUUUCACUCGUUGCUUUUUGAAGGUAGAUGAUGAGAUUGGAGGAAAAGUUAGCAGAGGCAUCACCGGAGGCAAUGCUGAUUCCUCAAAUGAUAAUUUUGAACCUAUAGCCCCAGAAACUGUUGGAUCUACUGCUGUGGUUGCAUUGAUAUGUUCAUCCCAUAUUGUAGUUGCGAACUGCGGUGAUUCAAGAGCAGUCCUUUUUCGUGGCAAAGAAGCCAUGGCGCUGUCAACAGAUCAUAAACCAAACCGAGAAGAUGAAUAUGCAAGGAUUGAAGCGUCCGGAGGCAAGGUCAUACAAUGGAAUGGACACCGUGUUUUUGGUGUUCUUGCAAUGUCAAGGUCCAUUGGUGAUAGAUAUUUGAAACCAUGGAUCAUCCCUGAACCAGAAGUCACAAUUAUCCCCCGAGCCAGAGAAGAUGAGUUGCUUAUUUUAGCUAGUGACGGGUUGUGGGAUGUCAUGACGAACGAGGAAGCAUGUGAAGUGGCCAGAAGACGGAUUCUGCUUUGGCACAGGAGGAAUGGGGAUAAUCCCCUAGUGGGAAGGGGUGAAGGAGUUGAUCCUGCAGCACAAGCUGCAUCAGACUACCUCUCAGUGCAUGCUCUCCAAAAGGGAAGCACGGACAACAUAUCCGUGAUUGUGGUGGACUUGAAAGCUCAAAGGAAGUUCAAAAGCAAAUCCUAAUGACACUUUCACCCAUAAUUUGGUUCUAAUCUACAGUUAUAUACAAUAUAAAACUGCAUCUCAUCAUUACAUAGCUUAGUCCAUUCCUUUUUCAUAUGGGCUUAAUGUGUGUAUGAGACUAGUAAAUCAGUAGUACUGUGUGUUGUCAAAAAAACUGUAACAGAAUGUCUUAUUGUCUGUUUGCACAAUGGCAGGUUAUAUAUGGCUUACCUAAAUCAAAGCUGUUGUAGGACUUUCUUUCUUU